AUGUCCACCUCGCUUGGGGCGGUGGGCGGGUUUUGCGCCGGUGCGGCGAUGCUAAUCGAUUUUAGUCGCCUGACUUCGACCGCAUAUGUGUACUCCGCUUCUUUGCCACCCUACCUGAGUGCAUCUGCCUUGGCGGUGUUGGAACUCAUCGACAAGGACUCUAGCCACACGGACAAACUACAGGAAAACUCUAAACUUAUUCGUCAAUCUCUCCGAAAAGCCAAGGUUGAUCCGAACAAGAUUGCAAUGAUCGAGUCUAACAACGACGUAUCCCCAUUGAUUUAUCUCAAGGUUUCGGAUGCCUACAUCAAGGAAGUGACCCAUGAGGUGGUUGAAGAGAAAUUACAAGAGGUCGUCAAUAUAGUCGCAGAGGAUAAAAUUAUCAUUCUUCGGCACCUUUACAUAACCAAUGAACGUGCCUUGGGUUUCCCCGCUUUGGUUAUAGUGGCCAAGAGUCAACUUAAGGAGGAUAAACUAAAGGACUCUAUGGAUGUCAUUGUACGGGCACUGGAGAAGGAGUUUUCAUAA